UUACACAUUUUCCCCGGAGGAGGACAGGAGCAACAGCUAUUACUGGAGCAAUGACUGAGUAAGCCUACUCGGGAGGAGGAGGAGGAGGAGAGUACUUGCCCAAAGCCAGAAGCUACUCUGCCUACUGUGUUUAGUUGCCAUUGCUGAACUGGUGGACCUUACAUUGGCGGGACCCCCCCCACCCCCUUUCUCAUCAUGAGUGGAUCCUUCGACAAGAAGAUCACCAGCAUCUUGACGGACAUCUCCAGCUCCCUGAGUUGCCAUGCGGCCACCAAGGACUCCCCUACCCUCCCCGAGUCGUCCAUCACGGAUCUGGGUUACUACAGCACCCCCCACAACCAGCACGAGUAUUACCCCAGUCAACCUUAUACCCAACCGAUGAAUCAUUACGCGUACCAUCCUCAGUUUAACCUGAAUGGAUUAGGGGGGACUGGGACCUACUCCCCCAAAUCUGACUACCCCUACAGCACUUCUUACAGACAGUAUGGAUCUUUCCGGGAUCAGCAGUUGCCCAGUCAGGAAGCAGUUUCAGUGAAGGAAGAACCAGAACCAGAAGUGCGCAUGGUAAACGGAAAACCCAAAAAAAUCCGAAAGCCGCGGACGAUUUAUUCCAGCUACCAGCUGGCCGCGUUGCAAAGGAGGUUCCAGAAGGCGCAGUACCUGGCGUUACCAGAGAGGGCAGAGUUGGCCGCGCAGCUCGGACUCACCCAGACUCAGGUAAAAAUCUGGUUCCAGAACCGAAGGUCCAAGUUCAAGAAGCUGUACAAAAACGGCGAAGUCCCCCUGGAACACAGUCCCAAUAACAGUGACUCCAUGGCCUGCAAUUCUCCACCCUCGCCCACCCUCUGGGACAGUAACACCCACAACAACCCAGCCAACCGGAGCCAGCUUCCCCAGCCCCUUUCGUACAACUCCCCGCCGAGCUAUCUGGAGGACCAUAACUCUUGGUACCACCACGCAAACCUGAGCGGGCCUCACAUACAGCAGCAAGGACCUCCACCCACUUCUGGUUCGAUGCAUCACCCGUCUCCAGGGCCUCCUCCCAAUCCCGGAGCGGUGUAUUAACCUUCUUUGCCUCCUGGACGAAACCAGUGGAGCAGGAAAAAUGGAAUGAGGGAGAAAGAGCGAGGGAGACAGAGAGGGAGAAACAGACAGACAGCAACAAGUCAAAAUGCUUUGAUGUGUUUUGUAGGACAUGCACACAUUCCAGCUCAUCUCAGGAACAAGCGAUCUGUGACAGGGUUAAGAUGUUGGGGAGAUGAAAAAAAAUAAUAGGAAGGCAACAGGGAGGAGAGAACUUGAGCUCCACGCUGUACGGGAACUAAUUUGGUUUUUGACCAAACGACGCCACCAGACCUCACCUUCCUACGUGGUUUCUCUGUGAGCAGUUUCUUCUCUACCACCAAAGCUAGCUUCACGCAGAAGACACCUGACUGUCUUGGUAGGAGAAGAGCCAAGACUCAUACCACACAAUGCCAGGUUUU